UGUUUACAUCGCUCCAUGACAACAUGUAGUCAACACUCAGAUCGAUAAUUUUAAAGGAUCACUAGCAUUCACAAUGCCUCUCAAAGCGUGUAUUUUAUGCGAAAAACGGCUCAAAAUACACCAACGCCGUCCUGUAAAUAAACAUGUCGCAAAAUAUUUAAAAAAGAAUUUCCUGAUAGAAACAACACAAGAUCAAUUUAUUUGUGGCAAGUGUAGUCGGCCAGCGUAUUACGCUGCAUCACAACAACCUUCUUGUGCACAACAACCUUCUUGUGCCUCUACCAGCUCAUUGCCGCCGCAAAAUGUUCUCCCAAACAGUCCUCCUUCAAUCAAAUUGAAUAUUAAAACAACAUCAAAAAGCCAUGCUUAUUGUUUCAUUUGCAAGAAACCUGGACCAAAAUUGAUUGUCGUUCCUACUUCUACAAGGACAGAAACCUUCAUUCAACAUAAUAUUUUAAUAACAGCGGAAAGUAGGUGUUGUCCCGGUCAUUUCAAGCAAAAUGGUACAUCCUUUGAAGAAAAUGUAAUUUCAAAAUUGUCUACAAUAGACAAUGUUUUUUUAAACAGAUCAUCUCUUCUUAAUCUUCUUACUGCAGUUCGAGAGUACUGCGUAUGUUCAAAAAGUAAGAGGCUGUCGUUUGAUGACUUAACAACUUUCAGUGAAGAAGACUUGUUAAAUCUUACCGGCAUUUCGGUGUCGAACUUUUUAGCACUCUUGAAAGCCGUCGAAUUAUCAAUAAGAAACACGCCUGCUAGAACUGUAGCAACUACUAUUGGAAUUUUGUUGUUUAAGUUAAAGUCAGGUCUAUCAAAUAAGGUCCUGUCAACUUUGUUUGACGUUUCAAAAUCAAGCGUCAGAAGAGCCAUACAAACAUCCAGAAAAGUACUUAUGACCGACUUUGUGCCUUUUAAUCUUGGCUUUUCACACAUUUCACGCGAAGAUGUAAUAAAUAAACAUACGCGUAAUUUGGCACAACUUCUUUUCACGGAAAAUAAGGAACAAGUCAUCCUCGUUCUCGACGGAACAUACAUCUACAUUCAAAAAAGUGGAAACUUUCAAUUUCAACGGCAAACAUAUAGUAUGCACAAGGGAAGACCAUUAGUUAAACCCAUGGUUAUUGUAACAACAUCAGGAUAUUUUAUUUCCGUAAUCGGUCCAUAUUUGGCCAACAGCAAAAAUAACGACGCAUCAAUUCUGCAUCAUUUAAUUAAAAACAACAUCGAAGAAAUUAAAAACUGGGUCAAGGAAAACGACAUAUUUGUUGUCGACAGAGGCUUCCGUGAUGCCACCUCUCUGCUUGAAGAGCUCGGGAUCCACGCGCAGAUGCCGUCAUUUUUGCCGCGAGGAAGCAAACAACUACCAACUGAUUUGGCAAACUCUUCACGGCUAGUUACAAAGGUAAGAUGGGUAGUUGAAGCGGCUAACGCUAGAAUCAAGCGGUGGAAGUAUUUUGACCACAUCUUGCCAACGAAUCAAGUGCCAUUCAUAGGCGACUAUAUUAAAAUUAUUUGUAGUUUAUGUAACAAGUUUCUUCCACCUUUGAGUGCCAACUGUGAAUCGUCUGAAGAUUUUUUAUGUGCGGAAAGGAUGAUGGCCAAACUAAAAGAAGAAAAUAAAUUGCAAAAAUUUGUAGAAGAUAAUAACCUCCAUCGCCGUAGUAUCAGUAAAUGGUCGUCUGUUAACGAAUCUGUUUCCAACUUUCCUCAACUUGACGAAACAAUGCUUAAACUCCUGACGCUAGGCACCUACCAGUUGAAGCUCUGUCCGUCUUACAUUCAAGAAUAUAUGGGCUCUGAAUGCACAAUCGAUGUGUUCAGAGAAACUUGUGAUCUCAUUCGUGUCCGUCUUCAAAGCCGUCAUAUUUCAUCAAAGACUUAUCAGGUCUGGAUUCAAUAUGACUCAGACCAUGUUAAAGCAUGGUAUUGUCAAUGCCGGGCAGGUGCGCGUACUGUUGGCACGUGUUCGCACGUUGCAUCUGCCAUUUGGUAUUUGUCUGGUUUAUCCGGGACAAUAAAUGAUUGUGGCAUUCAGGACUGGGGCAAAUAUAUUGAUGACGCGUCUCAUGUGCCACAAACUGUGGACACUUCCGACUCCGAGUCAGAUGUCAGUACUGUUGAGGAGUAAAUAAGUCUUAAGUCUUUGGAAUAUUUUUGACGGAAUAUAUCGACGACUAAGGUCUUAUUUACUCCUCAAUAUGUCGGUAUUUUGUACUGGUAAAACUAUCUGAAUUAGCUAAAGGCGUAUCUCGACUUUUAACCUGUAAUUGUUUCAACAGUCGGACAUAGUGUAUUAAGCUUUUAUAUAUUAUGUAGCGGAAAGAUACGUAAUAGAAGUUUUAUGGUAAUAAAAAUGUUUAAACCUGGCAAAAUAUACAUUUUCACAAACAGAUCAGCCUUAAGUACGGAAUCCGGAUAGUGCCAGUCAUAAUAUCGAUCUUUCAUCAAGGGCGACACAUGACACACGAAGCGAUACCCGAUAUUUUGCGCGACAGUCGCGGCGACGCAGGGUAAUUUGCGCGACAGUCGCGGCGACGCAGGAUAAUUUGCGCGACAGUCGCGGCGUCGCACGAGAUAUUCAACGCGACAUAUAGCCUUAUGGGCUACCUACACAAGGGCGAUGUAUUGUGUUAAAUAUAUCGUGCGUCACCGCGACUGUCGCGCAUAAUAUGGUGCGUCGCCGCGAUUGUCGCGCAAAAAUUCGUGCGUCGCUUCGUGUGUCGCCCUUGAUGAAAGAAGGGCGAGAUUAUAGAUGGAACUAUCCGGAUUCCGUACUUAAUAGAUACAUAUGUGCGUGUCACUUAUAAGAUUUAUGUGAAACACCCGGUACAUUCGCUUUUAUAGUCCCUUGCCAGCUGUUGUUAAAAGCUUUCGGCUGAUAAAACACGUUAAUCUUUUUGGGAUUAUAGGAAUAUUUAAAUGUAAUAUUGUAUCAUUUUGUUACAUAACUAAAAUCCGUUGUCUGUGAAGUGAAAAGUAUACACUCAUAGAUGAGACAUUUGUA